AUGCAGAUCGCUUUAGAAGCCCUCAAUCGCCUGCGCGAAGGGAACCGCCGUUUCGCAGCAAAUCAAUUUGCUGAUCACGCCGUACAGUCCAGCCGGGAACAGUCUAUUGGCGGUCAAAACCCAUUCGCGAUCAUUCUGGGUUGCUCAGAUUCGCGGGUGCCAGCCGAGCUGAUAUUUGAUCAGGGCCUGGGCGAUCUAUUUGUUAUUCGUGUGGCGGGCAAUAUUGUUGCCCCAUCACAGGUUGGUAGCGUCGAAUUUGCGGCAGCUGAGUUUGGUACGCGCCUGGUUGUGGUACUCGGGCAUACUCAAUGCGGCGCGAUCAGAGCAACCAUUGAAGAGUUGAUUCAAACCAGCGAGAACCGCUCACCAAAUCUGCGUUCAAUUGUUGACCGCAUCAGGCCCGCUGUACAACCACUGAUCAACGCACACACUGCGCCGUCAGAAUUGAUGAAUCAGGCCGUACGGGCAAAUGUUCUCGCCUCUGCUGACCACCUUCGGCAUGGCUCUGACAUUAUUGAAGAGCUCAUCCGCAACGAUAGCCUGCUGGUGGUUCGCAAACUGGACAAUCCUGUCCAGGUCUAUAUAGUUGUUCAGCCUUUGUACCUGGACAGCCCUGCCGUGGAUGCCAAGUUACCAACAUCGCAAGAACAGGAACUGUACCGGAUCGGUACCGUCGCUUCGCUUACCGGAUUAUCCGUUGAACGAUUGCGGGCCUGGGAACGGCGCUAUGACCUCACUCCAGCCCAGAAAACGGGUAAAACGCGGUUUUACAGUCGUGAGCAAUUGCAACAGCUGCAACUCAUCAAACACCUCAUUGACCAGGGGCAACCCAUCUCGAGCCUCGCUGCCCUGUCUAUCAGCCAACUGGAAGCGCGCAUCGAUAGCCAACCGGCAGAGCCUGUCGUCGCCAGCCUGCAUGCGCCAAGCGUUGGUCUGAUCGGCGCAAACCUGGUGACCCUGGAGCAGCAGGAACAGGAACGUGAAACCCCCAGACGCAUCGACAUCGCGACACGAUGGGCCAAUAUGGCGGCUUUCACAACGGAACUGAAACAGGCCCGGGGCGCACUCGAGGAGCCUGCGGUGAUGGUUGUUCAACUUCCCGUAUUAUCACUACAACCUGUUGAAAAAAUUAGGAAUUUUUACCCCAACGCAAAGCUUGUGAUGAUUUAUCAGUUCACCCAGGCUGAUGCCUUGAGCGCUUUUGAAGAAGCUGGCAUCCCAACACUGAAAUGGCCGGUAAGCUGGCAGGAAAUUGAACACACGGUUAUCUCGGAAAGCGGCCAGCCUGCACGGGCAGGCCGACAGGUACCCCGACACUACUCGGACGAGGAGCUGAUCGCCAUCGGCAGCCAGGACGAUGACCCUACGCGAUGCCCCCAACACCUGGUUGAGGCCAUACAUCAGCUCAAUGCGCUGGCCAGUUAUACCGCAGACUGCGCACGGGAACAGACGACGCCACAGGCCAUGUUGAACGCACAAAGCGAUAUCAGCCAGGCGCGAGCACAUCUCGAGGUCGCGCUUGGCACACUUUUGCAGGAUGGUGACAUCAGUUUGGUGGGUUAA